GAUUGGCUGCUGCUGCCACACGCUUGCUCUCAUGUCCCGCAGAAGUAGCAGUGCAUUUGUCGCUCUUGAAGCCGAGCCUUUCUCCUCCCGUCUCCGAGACGCUUUUAUACGACAUUGCAAAGUGAAAGGCGUUUUAAAUCUGUGUUUUUAACCGCGCAAAGCGCCCCAGGAAAUAAGACGGGGCUUUGAACUGACCCCCUCUUUCGGGUUAGCUUAGCCCGUUAGCUUAGCACUGGUUGGCGACGUCCUUAAGUUGGACCAACACAAGGAUAUCCUCAUCAAAGACCGACCCUUCAGCUGCACCUGGACCUCUGCAUGCAAGGCUGGUGGGCAGUGCACAUACGGUGUGCUAGGCCAGGGCGCGCGUGUGAAGUUGGCUGCUAUUGGUGAGCCGCGGGGCUUCAUUGUGCUGCCCGCUGCCGCAGCACCAGUCCAGCCUGCUGGCCCGUCCUCGAGCGCUGAUCGAUCACUUGGCCCAGACGAGGCUCGCUCGCAAUCGCCAGGUGUUUUUGCUGGUCUGGAAUAUAUUCAAGAAACACAAUGAUUCCCGACAAAGCCCCAGAAGACGACGUCUUCUAUGGAUGCCAGGAGUUGCAGAAGGAGGCUCACAUCCCCACUUUUGAGAAAUACAAGGAGCUUUACAUGAAGUCUAUUGAGAGUCCGGACGAGUUCUGGGGUGACAUUGCCAAAGACUUCUUCUGGAAGACCAAACACAGUGGUCCGUUCCUGGAUUACAACAUGGACGUGACCAAGGGGGAAAUCUUCAUCAAAUUCAUGGAGGGAGCCACCACCAAUAUCUGCUACAACCUGCUGGACUACAAUGUCCAUGAAAGGAAACUGGGUGAUAAAGUGGCUUUCCACUGGGAAGGCAAUGACCCUGGCGAUGAGUUGACAGUGACCUACAGAGAGCUGCUGCAGAGAGUCUGUCAGUUUUCCAACGUCCUCAAGUCGCAGGGAGUUAAAAAAGGUGACCGGGUGUCCAUUUACAUGCCCAUGGUGGUUGAGCUGGUGGUUGCCAUGUUGGCGUGCGUCCGCAUCGGUGCAGUUCACUCGAUUGUGUUUGCUGGCUUUUCUGCCGAGUCGCUCUGUGAGAGGAUUAUGGACUCCCAGUGUUCACUUCUCAUCACAGCUGAUGGCUUCUACCGAGGAGAUAAGCUGAUCAACUUGAAGCUUUUAGCUGAUGAAGCUCUUCAGAAAUGCAGAGACAAGGGGUUCCCAGUUCGCAAGUGCAUUAUGCUGAAACACUUGUCUGUAGAAGAGUCUCCUCUGGGUUCUCAGUCUCCUCCGUCAAAGCGGCCCUGCCCCGACCUGCAGCAAGGGAAAAAGACAGAGAGAGUAAAGAAAGCUCGCCCGGUGCCGCAGGUUUCAUGGAAUCCUGAGGUGGAUUUGUGUUGGCACACGCUAAUGCGUGAUGCGUCGGAUGAGUGUGAGCCUGAGUGGUGCGAGUCAGAAGAUCCUCUGUUCAUCCUUUACACCAGUGGCUCCACUGGCAAACCCAAGGGUGUCCUGCACUCAGUCAGUGGCUACAUGCUCUUCACCGCCACCACCUUUAAGCUGGUCUUUGACCAUCAGCCUGACGACAUCUACUGGUGCACAGCAGACAUCGGCUGGAUCACAGGACACUCCUACAUCACCUAUGGACCACUCGCCAACGGCGCCACCAGUGUCCUGUUUGAGGGGCUGCCUACCUACCCAGAUGUUGGUCGCAUGUGGGAGAUAGUUGACAAAUACCAGGUCACAAAGUUCUACACCGCCCCCACUGCCAUCCGAAUGCUGAUGAAGUAUGGGCCCGAGCCAGUGCAGAAGUAUAAACGCGACUCUCUUAAAGUGCUGGGCACUGUUGGAGAGCCCAUCAACCCAGAGGCCUGGCAGUGGUACUACAACGUGGUUGGGGAGAAGAGGUGUCCAAUUGUUGACACCUUCUGGCAGACUGAAACGGGGGGACACGUGCUGACCCCUCUACCUGCCGCCACUCCCAUGAAACCCGGAUCUGCUACAUUUCCGUUCUUUGGGGUGGUGCCGGCCAUCUUGAAUGAGUCAGGAGAAGAGUUGGAAGGUCCAAGUGAAGGAUACCUGGUUUUUAAGCAGCCAUGGCCCAGCAUGAUGAGGACGGUGUACGGGAACCACCCCAGGUUUGAAGCCACCUACUUCAAGAAGUUCCCAGGAUACUAUGUGACCGGGGAUGGCUGUCGACGAGACAAGGAUGGCUACUACUGGAUAACCGGCAGAAUAGACGACAUGUUGAAUGUUUCAGGUCACUUGUUGAGCACCGCAGAGGUGGAGUCAGCUCUCGUGGAGCAUGAUGCUGUCGCGGAGGCCGCUGUGGUGGGCAGGCCUCAUCCUGUCAAAGGAGAAAGCUUGUACUGCUUUGUGACGCUCAAUGAAGGAGUGACAUUUAAUCGCACGCUGGAGGCCGAGCUCAGAAAACAAGUGAGGGAGAAGAUCGGUGCCAUUGCGACACCGGAUUAUAUCCAGGAUGCUCCUGGACUUCCCAAGACCAGAUCAGGAAAAAUCAUGCGACGAGUGCUUCGAAAAAUUGCCUGUGACGAGAGGGACCUCGGCGACAUAUCCACACUCGCUGACUCAUCAGUUGUCGACCAACUUUUCAAGAACAGGUGCUGUACAUCGGUGUGACGGUGGUCGUGACCGAUCGCGGCGUGUCAUUGUGCCACUCACCACCCGGGAAAAGGGAGAAGAAGCUGGAGGACGAAACUCAUGUGCUUGGUCAAUAAAAAGUCUUUGGCUCCUGAGGCGGAUGAGUUCCUCUCACUGCCCCCCGCUCUCCUUUCACAAACUCUCCAGGAAAGCGACUGUUUAACUCUUAGGGUGCUUCGUACUCAUCAAAUAUUUUAUCAAGCCUACUAGAUUCCUAAUUCUGUUCAGGUAACGGGGCAGGCUGGCGACUUCAUUUUGCUUUCUGCUUCACGGUAAAUCAUUAUUUUGUGACACUUUUUCUACGAUCUCAUGUCAAGUGCAGUCUUCAGCAUACCUCCUCCCCAUCAAGGUGUGGGGAAAGCUGUCAUCCAGAAUCCAAAAACUUCUCAGUGUUGUUUUGUUAAAGGUAGAUUUCUGCAAUUUUUUUUUUUUUUUUUUUUAAACAUAUGAUGUAAAUUUCCUGAAAAACUGUGGAACGACAGCUUCUUCUACCUUGUCAGGCAGGUACACCUCAUGUUGAAGCAUUUCACUAAAUUCCCCUCUUCGCAGUUAUUGAAGGUACAAUUGAAACUACUGUGCAAGUCUGCUGUGUGAAAAUCGAAACCUUAGGCCUGAUUUAGAAUUUGAACGGCUAUAGAUUUAUCCCUGAAGUAUUGGUGUCUGUGUGCCAAGAUGAUCUGGAUCUGAGGUGUUUGCAAUGUUAUAUUCAGGAUUCAUGUUUUGUCGACCUGUAAUUGCAUUUCUACUUUUGUGUUUUUGGUCUUUCUGUCCCUGUAAACAAAACUGAACGACUACUGCUCCUUUAUCCUCUGUCUGCUCCUUUUAAUUGUUUUGGGUCAGUGUAUGUUAAUGAGAUGAAUUUAAAUCAUGGAUUUGUCAAAAGAAAGUCUGUUAUUGACUUGAAUGUUGCUUGUUCUUGUGCCGAUGACUUGAGCCGCUCCUCUCAUUUAGGUGAGCUAAUCUGCCAGAGUGCUUUUGAACUCCCGUCAGCUUAGUGAAGGAAGGAAAGAUGCUGGUGAGAAUGAGCAAGUCAAACAUUUGUUCUGUGUCCUAUUCAAACGCUAUUCCCAAACGUCAUGGAGCCCUGCUGAUGGCUGCAGGUACUACAGCUCUGUUCUGUUUUGUUUUGUUUUCCUAGUUAGCAGUGGUCACUAGCUAUCAAAAGAAUUUCAAGAGCUUUGAAGCUGAAAUUAAGACAUUCAGGAGUCUGACAGGUGAGUAUUUAAAUCAAGGUCAGAUAAAUGAGCCCUGUGAAUAUCACCCUGAUGAAUAUUCCCAACACAGACUGAGACUGGUUUCUUACUCGGCUACGCACUGAGAUGUGCUCUGAUCUGCAAUUUCUGCCUCCAUAUAUUCAUGUGUUCAUCAUGGACCUCUGAUCCUCGCAUCAGGUGUUUGAGUGUGAUGCUGAAUUGGCUUUUUGCACUGACCAAAGAGAGGAUAGAUGUUAAAGUUAAUGACAACAACCGCAAUAACAGGCCUUAUAGCUGUAACUACUCCACCUGGAUUUUCUUUUCCAAUGUAAAUAUAUAAAGCAAUAUUUUAAUCAUAUUUUGGUAUAUAUUCAGUGGUUAUGCGUGUCAAUAUUAUUCAAAAAAAUACAUUGUCUGAUAUAUUGAUUUUUAUAUUUACAUAUGUGUUAUUUCUUCAUAUUUUUUAUUCUAUUCACUUUGUUUGCUUCAUAAAAAUUACGUUUUUUGAAAUGACAAUUAAUGACUUAACUUAAUUACUAAUAAAUUAAUACUUAUUAAUAAAUUGCUAGUGACUACAGUUAAUUAUUCAUUUUCUUUUGCUUGUCAUCUUUGGUUCACACGGUUUUCUGACCGUAUGUCACUCUUAUAUCAGAUACAUCUUAGAAGUAUCCUCAUGAUGACCUCUCAUGUGCAUAUGUUGCCUUAGUACUGCAUCAAGUUCUCUGAUCAGAGCCAUCACCACUUGACACGAUGUAUGUUAUUUGAAAGAGGACAAAAGAGUAAACGGGUCAUGACGCGGUUUUAUUGGGUUACGUCAGCCAAACACACAACACGAGCCUUCACUACAAGUCAUUCAACAACACAGAUAAACACACAGAAUGAUUUCACAUGUUUCAGUGCACAUGAGUUUCACAUCUAUUAUACGACUUCUGUCUCCUCUCAAUCUUUUGGUGAGGGAGCUCAGUUAUCCGGGUCACCACGCAACAACAGGUCUGAAUAUGGCAACCGGACUAGGUCAUAGUCAAAGCAAAGGCUUGAUCAGUUCUGGUGAGUUCUGGCUGAUAUCAGUGGAGCUGAAUGGGCAAGGAUGGAAGGAGAUAUUUCCUGGUCUGGCUGCCAUAUUCAAACCUCUUGUUCUCCUCUCAAUUGUAAACAGAGGGAUUUAACCUCUCGUUCCUCGGCCACUGGAAGUGUUCCAUUUAUGCUGCUGUAUACGACUCAACACUUUCACACACACACAUUUCACAAAUAAAUAUGUCUUCUGUUGCUCUAUGUACAGUUCCACCUUUCUCAUGUAGACUGGGGUGAAAUUAGUGAUAAGUUUGUGUUUGUUCAAUAAAUAAUGUUGCUUGACUUUGAAACAUGUUUGUUGCAGAAUACUAGAAAACAACAAACCUGAUGAUGCAACCCGAUGAUGGUGAAACUGUCCCUUUCCCCCUGAAAUGAUGGCUAUUUCGCUGUGCUACUCAUUCUGGGGCACAGAGAUGGCCGGGCCUUUGGGGUCAUCAAAGCGGUCCAUCGUGCGGAGCUGCAUGAUCAUGUGCAGGCCGUAGGUGAGCACGAGGACCAUGAGGAGGCUGGUCAGCAGCCCCAUCCAGAUCCCAGGAGAGAAGAAGCCGGCGCAGUCGCUGGCGUACGAGAACUCGCCGCCCGAGACGUUAAAACCUUGGAUC